AUGAACACACCAGGUGUGGACGUGCGCAAUGGCAAGGCCGUCCAAGGAGACAUAUGCAGCAAUAGGUAUUCCCUAAUAUCUAAGCAGACCCUUAACCAGAAGGAAAAUACCCUAUGGAACAUCCUAAACUACGGCCGUGUCCCAAAUGAGGGCCUAAACGAAAUAACCAUCAUGAGCAUUUUGCACCAGAUAUCUUCUCAAAAUUUAUGCAACAGCGAGAAGAACGUCAAAAUCGGGGAGCGGGAGAAUCGUAUAUACAGCGCGCUCGUGCGGAACAAGUACAUCGGGUUCGGGCACGGCAUCGGCAGGUCAGGGAACCUAGAGGACGUGCAGCCCAAGAGCGCAGGGAACAGUGUCCUGGCGAAGGCCACCACAAGCUUCGUAAAGGAUCUGAUCAAAAGCUUUGGAAUAAAAAGCUGCGAAGAUGUAUACAUACUACCAUACGCUACAGGGAUGUGUCUAAGUACCUGUCUGCUGUACACAAAAAAGGAAAGAAAAAAAAGUGAAUAUGUAAUAAUAUCUAGAAUAGAUCAUAAGACCUGUUACAAAUGCAUCGAUUUUUGUGCCUUGAAAUAUUUAGUAGUGGAUAUGGUAUACAAGGAUGAAGAAUUAUUUACAAAUCUUAACGAAAUAGAAAAACUGAUACAAAAAUAUGAUGAACAAAUUUGUUGUGUAAUGUCAGUCACAUCUAGUUAUGCUCCAAGAAAUUCGGAUGAUAUCGUAAAAAUUGCUCAUAUUUGCAAGAGGUAUAAUAUUCCACAUAUAAUUAAUAAUGCCUUUGGAUUACAGUGUACUUAUUUGUGUAAAGAAAUACAAAAGUGUUUUGAAUCGAAGGGUCGAGUAGACUUCGUAGUUCAGAGUUGUGAUAAGAAUUUCCUCGUCCCAGUUAACGGUGGGAUCGUAUUCAGCUCAGACAAGAAAAAAAUGAAAGAAUUGAAAAAACACUACCCUGGUAGAACCCCUGUGCAUGCAUAUUUAGAUCUUUUCAUCACAUUACUAGAAUUAGGAAAAAAAAAAACUAAACCUAAGAAAAAAAAGAGAAGAAAAUUUUUCUUGGUUGCAAGAAAAAGUUGCUACUCUCUGCUCAAAAUACAAUUUAUGUUUGAUCAAAGCUAG